AUGUCAAGGCUCAACCUCUACAUUUCGGCUGCCGUUGCUGGCAUGCUCAUGUCUGGCUAUCAAGUGGUGAUCCAAGGCUAUCAACAAUGGCAGAUCCCAGUUGCCAUUCAGCUGCUCCCUGGAACCAUUCUGCUUCUUGGCACUCUCUAUAUCAAUGAAACACCCCACUACCUCGCUGCUAUGGACAACAUCGAUCAAGUGGAGGAUUCUCUGUCCUGGUUCCGAGGACUGCCCAUCACCGACAGGGGCGUAAAGCUCGAGGCCAAAGAAAUUUCCAUGACGGUACUCUCUGGCGUACGUCGGCCAGCCAUCCACAAACAGCAUUUCCUCCGUAAGGCACUCAGCCAUCCAAUCCGCAAACGCCUGACCGUCGGAGUCGGCCUGUUUGUCGCACAGAACAUGUCGGGAAUGAACGCGCUGAAUUAUUAUGUGGCAAUCAUCUUUCUGACAGCAGGCUUCGAAAGCGUAUCGGCGUGCCUGUUUCUGACGGGAAUAUUCGGCUUCGCCAAGCUCGCCGCCGCGCUCCUCUUCAUGUUCGUCUGUGUGCGUAUCUACGGGAACCGCUUUUGGCUCCUCUGGGGGACCAGCAUAUGCGCUACAUCAAUGUUCGUGCUGGGAUGUUGUACGGCAACAAUGCCAGAGUCGUCAGACAAUGGAACCGUCCCGUCUAUGGUCCGCGCCACGGUUUGCGUCAUGAGUGUCUACGUGUACGCAAUCGCAUUCGGGGUUUCGAGCGGGCCGAUUGCCUGGAACGUCUGCAGCGAGAUCUUCCCUUCUUACAUCAACGCACAAUGCUGCGCGGUCACGACGUGCACACAGUGGUUGUUCCAGAUCAUCGUGGCGGCCAUCACGUCCAUCCUGCUCGCCUCCAUUCGGCCGGUGACCUUUGUCUUGUACGGCCUCUGCAACGUCCUGGGGAUGGGAUUCUACUACUUCUGCGUGCCUGAGACGAGGGGUAUCGCGCUGGGGAAGGAGAUGAGUCGUGUAUUUGGCCAGCAGGACCUCAAGGACGGCGAAGACGGUGAAGCUGUGGAGGAGGUGGAGGACGUAGCCGACCAUGAGACGCCUUUACUUGCCGCGGAGAGGCGGAGGAGGAGAGGUUCAAUUGCAAUUGUGGUGUGA